AUGGCCGCCUGCGAAACCUUUCAGCCCCUGCAAGUCAGAUGGGCGCUGCUUCUCCAGCUUUUGCUCGCUGAGAUCGCUCGUAUCUCUGCCCGCCUCCUCCACGCUUUGCCCCGUGCCAAGCUCAUCUCCCUCGCACCACAGAAGCACUCGCCAAGAGCCGAACCACGCCUGUUUCUCCGCGUUUACCUCACUGCUGGGAACGCCGUUGACACGAUCAUCACAACCAUCACGUGUGAAGUUCGCCCCGGGAGAGACACCUAA